CCCGAUUUCUUAUCUCAUAUACAAAGACGCUAGUCGCUAGAGCGGAGCAGUGCGUCUUCGCGUGCUAGAUAGUGGACCGAUUCUUGACUACUUAUUAGACCUUUCUUCAAGUGAUGCAUUUUCUUCACACAGGAUCUGGCAGCUGUUCAACCGAUUUUUCGAUUUCUUCGUCAUGGAAGGUGGGUCACCAGAUCAGGAAUCUGUAGUAUCAGGGACAAAAAAGUCAAGUAUUUCUUCAGGUGGUAGAAUCCGCGAUGAAUUCCUCCAUAGAUUCAUCGACAGUCAAACUUUGACCUCCAACCUCGAAGACUGGUUCCAAGCUUUAUCCGAAAACUCAUUCGACUUCGAUGUUCCUUUUGAAUUAAUUGAUCUCCAAAAAUUUGAUUAUGCAUUAGAAGGCGUUUCUUUCCAACAGCUAAUCCGCAUGCCAAGUGGCGGUGGUUACACAUCAUCACCACCCGCCACCAUGGACCCCACCGCCUUCCUUGCCAUUGAAGAUUUCCUACACGCUAGCAUAAAAGGCUUAUGGGAGGCCUUCUGGGACCCACACGAACCCAUCCCAUUAAACGUGGCCUCUCUCUACAACUCAAAUUUAAAAUUCUAUCAAGCAGAAAAAGCAAUCGCCAAUGGAAAACUCCCGGGUCUCUGUGCCACAUCAGUAAUGCUCAACAACCCCCGACACCCGCAUGGCAAAUGGCACGAUAUUCUCGAGUUAGCACUUUUGAGACCUGGGAUCGGGACCCUCGAAAACGAAAGUGAAAUUACGUAUCCGUCCCUAUCGAUUCUUGGUGAAGCCCUGUUCUACGGUGUACGUGUUUUACUCUCGAGAAGUCUCCGCCGAUCGAAAGGGUUAAAUUCGGUAUUUGUUAUACUCGCCGAUUGUCAAUAUGGGGGUGUGGUCAAACUGGAAGGGGAUUUGACCAAAAUGGAAUUCGAUGUGAACAAUGUGUAUGAAUGUGCUUCUGAAUGGAUUAAGAAUCAUUCACAGGUUUCUGUUUCUCCUUUCGAUAGAAUCUGGAAUAAGCUCGGGAACGCGAAUUGGGGGGACAUCGGUGCUUUACAGGUACUUUUCGCGACAUUUCAAUCAAUGGUGCAGUACGCGGGCCCACCCAAAAACUCGAUUGAAGAUUUAGCAGCCGAUCAUAGUUCGCGUCUACAAACAAGAAGAAACGAGAGAAGGAUGGGCGAAAUCGGAAUAAACGGAAACAACAACGGUUUAUUCAAACUCCAACAAAGAAGCGUGUCCCCGGAGAUCGUAGAAGUUCCGGAAGAAUCCGGAAACAUUGAGCCUCGAAGAUCGGUUACAUUAGAAGUGGGGUCGGUUUUGGUGGUGGAGGAUUCAAAUUGGCAAAAAAGUUAUAAAAUUAAUGAAGUUUUGAGUGACGGGGAAAUGUCGUAUUAUUAUGUUAAUUCGGUUGAUGAUCCGGGGAAGGCUUUGUUUUUAUACGUGGGGUCACAUCCGUCUCAGGUGGAGCCCGCAUGGGAAGAUAUGAAGCUAUGGUAUCAAGUUCAGAGACAAACUAAAGUUUUUUCGGUUAUGAAUCAAAACGGUUUAUCCAGCAAGUAUUUACCUCAACUGACAAUGUCCGGGAAAAUCAUUCAUCCCGGAGCUUGCCGGAAACAGAAUUCCAAUUCCGGUGGGAAUUGCGACAAUCCGUGGUGCGGGACUCCGAUUCUGGUGACGUCUCCGGUCGGGAAAACAGUAGAGGAAAUGGUCCGGUCGGGGGAAUUCGGGGCGGAUGAGGCGAUAAAAUGUUGUCACGAUUGCUUAUCGGCUUUGUCUACUGCGGCCACGGCCGGAAUCCGGCAUGGCGAUAUCAGACCGGAAAACAUAAUCUGUGUGAAUUCCGGUGGUGGGCAGAAUCAGUAUUUUGUGCUUGUGGGGUGGGGGCAUGCGAUUUUGGAGGAGAGAGAUAGGCCGGCUUUGAAUCUUCAUUUUUCGUCUACGUAUGCGCUUCAAGAGGGGAAGUUAUGCUCGGCGUCUGAUGCGGAAAGUCUUGUUUAUUUGCUUUAUUUUUCGUCUGGUGGGGAUUUACCGGAAUUGGAUUCCGUUGAAGGGGCGUUGGAAUGGAGAGACACAUUCUGGUCGAAAAGAUUGAUUCAGCAAAACCUUGGGGAAAUAUCGGCUGUUUUGAAAGCGUUUGCUGAUUAUGUUGAUAGUCUUUGUGGAACGCCGUAUCCGAUGGAUUAUGAGAUUUGGCUACGAAGGUUGAAGAGACAUUUACAUGAAAAUGGAAAGGAAAUCAACACAUCCAGUUAGAAAACCGGAAUCGGAAACAUGUUGAGACUUGAGAAGAUAGUAGGUAUAUAUUAUAUUAUAUCACAUGGUACCUUUUGUUGUGAAUGUGCAGUUAAUCUGCUUAGGGGCGGGGAGUGUUAUUUUAUUUUAUUUGCUUUGUUAAUUGUUAAUUGUGAAUUGUUAUUGUAUCACCUGUCACUAAA